CACCUUCUCUGAUUCGUAUUCGUAUACUUUUAAAAUGGCUGGAUUAGAGCAAUCGUUGUUUCAGUUGAAGUUCACUGCAAAACAAUUGAAUAGACAAGCUUCCAAGGCAGCAAAGGAGGAACUUCAAGAGAAGGCAAAGAUCAAGAAAGCUUUGACCCAGGGUAAUAACGAUAUCGCACAAUUGUAUGCGCAGAACGCCAUUCGUAAAUCUAAUGAAAGAGUCAACUUGUUGAGGUUGGCUUCUAGAAUCGAUGCUGUGGCCCUGAGAGUCCAGACCGCAGUGACCAUGAAGAGUGUCACGGGAAACAUGACUCAAGUCAUUCGAGGCAUGGACAAGGCAUUGCAGACAAUGAAUUUGGAAAGGAUAUCGUUGGUGAUGGAUAAGUUUGAGAACCAGUUCGAAGACUUAGAUGCGUCUACCAACUACUACGAGACAGCUACCAAUAAUGUCAACGCCUUGACCACCCCUCAGGAACAGGUUGACGAGUUGAUGAGUCAAGUAGCAGACGAGGCUGGCAUUGAAAUGAAGCAAGGCUUGAACGAGACGAAAGUUGAUAUCGCAACUCCUCCAGUGUCUAAUAUGACAGAAGAAAAGGAGGAUAAAUUGGCUGAAAGAUUGAGAGCAUUGAGAAGUUGAUGAAUAGAAGAUGAAGCAAUGAACCAAUGUCAAGUGAUAAUGUAAUAGUACGAAGUACAGAGACAGAAUAGUAUAGCCGUCAUGCAAUGAUGAUAUACAACUAGACAACUGCGAUGUUGUAACGCAAUCUUAUAACGAUAAUAAUAUGUAAUUAUUUGGCCGAUAACGAUUAGAAUUCCAAGUAUAAAUACAAUCAUAUAUUCAUGAAUAUUCUAUCGCACAAUGCAGACAAUUAUAUAGACUAUUAUAGAAAAAGCAGAAAGCAGCGAUGUGU